AUGAAUCGCCAGUUAAUUGAAUUGUUGUUUGGCACUGCGUUAUGUGUUAUCGUGGCACUCACCACAUUGUCCACUCUAGUGAUGGGGCAGGCCUCAGAUCUGUACUUACUCGACAUGGUGUACACAAACAACCCUGGCACGGAGAGUAGUGUCAAGGCAUACAAGGCAGGCAUCCUGGCCGCGAUGUGGUCGCGCCAAUACACGGUUGGCAGUGGUCUGAAGGUGAAGCUGAUCGAGACGAACCACGAUUCAACGGAGACAGCGGUUCCUGAAGCGAUUGAUCAGGCGAUGACGAAUAACCCUAAAAUACUUGCUGUUAUCGGCCCUGCAGACGACAGUACACUGCAAUACGCCCUUCCUGCGUUGGAGAAGCACCACUUGGUUGCACUGGGUCCCUACACUGGGGCAUCUGGAGUGCGGUAUUGGGAGUCGCAUUAUUACUUUCUCCGCACAGACCCCAUGUCCGGCCUAUACGCUCACGUGUGGUACGCUACUGCGCACUUGCGUGUUCGUCGCCUGGGCUUCAUGUAUUUGUCUGAUGUUUAUUACGGGGAUGUUGAGUACGCUGCAGCCGUCAACUUGAUGAAGGGCAUGGGAUGGGAGCUGUGUGGUGUGUUCACGCUGCCGGGAACGAGGGAGUGGGGCCCAGACGACCCGGAGUUCAAGGCGGAGUGGGAGAAGUUUGCUGCUACCCUACCGCAGUCCGUGAUUAUCUUUGGCAAGACCUCAAAGACAACAGAGGCGUUCAUCCAGAAGAUGAUGUCUGACAGUCGUGUCAGUGAGACGUAUGUGCAGUCUCCCCUCGGCACACAAGGCACCAUAAUCUCGUACUAUAAGGCUGCUGUUGCUUCCGGCACCCCUUUUGUGGCUGGACGCAUCAUCACAACGGGUUCAAACCCACUGCCUACGGACACGCGGUAUGAUGCGGUCAUGCGGUUCCAAACUGUGAUGACGGACUACCUGAAGAACAGCAACCAGUCGGACUACUCCAAUCCUGAGGUCUUUCUGGAGGACGAGGUUGUUGGGGAGUUGAUGGUGGGCGGCUGGAUAGCCGGUGAGGUCAUCAUGGAAACCCUUGCCUCAUCCGAGUGGACGAAGGACCGGCACGACUUCGAAACAUCGCUCUUCAAACAGCGGCGCUACCUUGUUAAGGAUCUGGUGAUUGGUGACUUUGGUGGUGAAUGUGUUGGUCGUGCUAAAUCUCAGGGAGCUGUGUGCGAAUGUAAUCAGGGUGGUCGUACAGUGCUUAUUAAAGUAUUUGGGGAGAAUUUCGAUCCUGAUGUCAUGCAAGAUGCCGAGUUUUCGUAUCCACUCUCAGAUUGUUACCCUACUUCAGUGACAAUGUUAACUCCUGCUAGUGUACUUACGUUCGUGGUCAAUAAUAGUCGAAGAGGAAGAUAUGCUACUGAGGAAUUCCAGAAAGGUGCAUAUGCAGCCUUACCACCAUAUUUUCAGCGCUCAAGGGAUUUUACGAUGUCUUCAUUGUAUGGUACUCGAGGCGAUUUUAAAAAUGCAUUGAUUGCAGAAAUUGAAGUGCGGCUAGUUGAUAUAUUUGUCGGUGUCGUUGUUCCUGCUGCACUGGAAGUUUCAGGUGUUAUCUUUGUAGAUCCUAUUGGAGUUGAUGCCAUGUUGCAUAUGUAUCGACGUGAUGUGAUCUACCUUUCUUCAACACUGAAUCAGGAGUAUUUCGUACAGGCAGAGUAUAUAUCAACGCAACCUGAACGACCAAUUCAUGCAGUCAUUCUGAGCGUUUUCCCAGAAGAUAUUCACGAGUUGUUAACCCGUACACUGUUAACCUUUGACCUUCAUCUUUCUUCUGUGACUUAUCUUUACCCAGAUAUGUCAAUUCUUGCAGUAAUGCCGAACGAAGGAUGGGUUUUCGUUGUUGGCAUUGAUACUGAUGAGGCUAUUCCUCUACAUCAAUUUGUUGCAGAUAAUCCUAAACUAAGUAUAUUCAUUCCUUCCUCUGAGCAACACGUUAUGUAUAUGUAUUUGAAAGACUUGAAAGUGGAUAGUGGAACCGACCGCAUUUUUUUCGCUACCAAUUUGCCACAUUGGAAUGAUCCUGACCCCAAGCUCUCAGUCGUGCAAGAAUAUCAAAAAGUAUUUCCAGACCCAUCGGAUAGAUCUCCUCUUAGUCUUACAUCCUUUGUGGCGUACAAUGUGAUUAUGAGUGUUGCAGGAAGAAUGGACAAGAUGAGUCCCGAACUUUUUAUACAUUCACUGUACGCAUAUAUGGUCUUUUCUCUGGAUGAUUUGGUUUAUGGUCCCUUCAAAGAAAACAGUGACGAAAGUUGUACUGAUACAAUCGAUUCUACGUGCUUGGUAAACUAUGGAGCUACAGAUAUUACAAUAUGGUCACUUUCACGCACUCUUGAUCCCACCGUUCCAACAAUAACACCUCCGAGGACACCAUCUAUGCAUUACACCGAACCAGUGAAAAAAGUCAUGCCAAUGGGACAGAUGGUUGGUAUCGCUGUUGGGGCUGUUGUUUUUGUUCUGUUACUUAUUGCUGUGAUUGUUUGGUUUCUGUGUCGCCGGCAUGGUGCGCGUGACAAUGAUAAUGCGCCUAAGGAGCCGACGGACCCCGUGACGCUUGUGUUCACUGACAUUGAGAGCAGCACGGCGCUGUGGGCUGCGUGUCCGGAGAUCAUGCCCGACGCUGUGGCGACGCACCACCGCCUGAUCCGUGCGCUGAUUGCGAAGUACCGCUGCUACGAGGUG